AUGCAAUUCGAUGAAAAUGGAAUCUGCACCCGAGGAUGCAUUGAGGGAUACUGGGGAGAUAAAUGUCUGAAUGACUGUCCAUCUACUUGCCCAAACAUUGUGUGCAAUAGAACUAGCGGACUGUGUGGUUCUUGUAGAGACGGGUAUUAUGGAAAUAGAUGCGAAUAUCAUUGUCAUUGGAAAAAUAAAUGCUCUGAACGAAAAUGUAACGAGAAAACGGGAUACUGUACAUCGGGGUGUGUGUCAGGAUAUUUUGGAGUCUACUGUCAACACCCUUGUGGUAAUUGCAGCAGUGGUACUUGUGACAAAAUAAGUGGAAAUUGUGAGGCCUGUAAUACAGGCUAUUAUGGAACAAAGUGUGAGAGAAAAUGCAGUUACAGUUGCUUUAAUCAUGAAUGUAGACAAAUAAAUGGUCAUUGUACGAAUGGCUGCAACAACGGUUUUUAUGGUUCUUUCUGUAAUUCGCAAUGUAGUGAAAAUUGUGCACAAACCAAAUGCACUCGAAGUGGUGUUUGUAUUGGUGGAUGUAAACCGAACUGGACCGGGGAUAAAUGCGAUAGAUGUGAAUCCCAACACUACGGACCUGAUUGCUCCCAGGUGUGUAGUGUGAAUUGUAAAAGACAGGCGUGUGACAAUAUCACUGGCUCUUGCACCUAUGGGUGUAAGACAGGAUUCUAUUCAGAUAAAUGUGAAAAGAGUUGCAGAAUAUCAUGCCUGUCAACUUUCAACAGUUACUCGGGAGAAUAUGAGGGCGAAUGUCCGAUUGGCAAAUAUGGAACUUAUUGUAAUAAAACUUGCAACGAUAAUUGUAUAAAUGGAUGCAUUAAAAUCAAUGGUUCAUGUAAUUUUGGAUGUAUUCCCGGGAAAUUUGGUACUUACUGUCUCCAGACCUGUGGUGAAGGAUGUGUUUCCGGUUGUCGUCAAGCAGAUGGGAGUUGCACUUGCAAGUCAGGCUGGCAAGGUCAUCAAUGUGGCGAAAUCAAACAGACGAUAGAGAAAUGUUCGAAACCAGACAUAUAUUUAGCUCUGUACGGAAUCAUCACAACGCUCUUUAUAAGUAUUUUUAUGAACAUCGUUCUGAUUGUGAGAAAUACAAGACGAAACGUUUCUAACAAAGAAAAGCAGGAUACUUGCCAACGAAAUUCAACAUUAUAUGCAAACACUAUGUAUGACAGAGUGGAAGAUAACACAGGCUAUCAAAAUCUUGGACAAUUAAGUCAACCUUCUCAUUAUGAUGAACUCAAGUGA